CCUAUUAUUAACCAAGCGUUUGUGGUGGACUUUGAUCAAGUUGUCACAAUUUGUCUUUUGUAUUUCUAAGUUUAUCUUCAUGAUUUCUGCCUAAUCAGGCUAUCCAAUAAAGUCAUUAUGACUGUUGAUAUUGCAAAUAUAUGUGUUGCUCCAUUUAAAUGAGAGUAAUUCAGUAUAACAUUAACAGAUUUCAAUUUCAACAUUUUAAGAAAACCUUGUCUGCUCACUGAAAGCGUCUACAAUCAAUGACAAUGGAGGCGUCUGCAUAUUUAGAGAAUAUAUGCAAUUUUCUUAGCUUGACAGUUGUUACACUAUGUGUAAUUAUGAAAGUCCCACAGAUAUGGUCAGCGUUCAAAACAGGAAAUACAAAAGGCAUUAGCCUUGGAAGUGUUUUGCUUGAACAGACCGGAUACUCAAUUCUUCUGUCGUACAGUUAUGCAAUGGAAUAUCCUGUUGUGACUUAUUUGGAAACGGCAUUUCUGCUAGUACAAAAUUUCCUGUUGCUGGGACUGAUCAUACACACAAGAGAUAUGUUAUCACCAAAAGUCUUUAUACUUUUUGUUUUAUACAUGAUAGUAUACUUAUCAAUAGCUUACAGAUUAGUUCCAGACUUGAUACUUAAAUCAGUUAUUAGUUUAAAUACACCUCUAGGUGUCUCAAGCAAGAUAACACAGAUUGUGGCACUAUACAAAAGUAAGGAGCCAGGUCGUCUCAGUGCAAUCACAUGGGGUAUAGCAGGCUAUGGAUGCUAUGUACGAGUAUUGACAAACUUUGUUCAGACAGCGGAUGUAUUCAUCAUACUCAGUUUUACAUGUGGUGCUCUGUUAAAUACUACGAUUGUUAUAAUGAUUUUAUAUUAUACUCAUCGCAAGAGGACCAAGUUGUAUUGAUAUUAUAUUACAAAGAUGUGCCAAAUUCUUUCCACUUUAUAUAUUCAACAGCAUUAUGAUGAUUAUUUUAUGAUUUAGAUGCCAUUGUUAAUUAAUGUUCAAAGGAAAACUACCGCAAGAGCAAUAAAGAAUGUUAUUACAUA